AUGGAUCGUUUCCGUUUUCUUGCCGUUGCAAAGAGAUCAAUGAGUUCCCUUAAUACUGCAUCAAUACCAAAGACGCAAAAGGUUGUCUUGAUUAAUGACGUCGGUGACUACGACGUGCUCAAGUAUGAGAAUUAUGCUGUUCCCUCGAUCAGCGAUGACGAGAUUCUUAUCAAAAACAAGUUUGCUGGAGUCAAUUUCAUAGAAGCAUAUUUCAGGAAGGGAAUCUAUCCAGCCCAGCUUCCAUACUUGCUUGGUAGGGAAGCCACUGGCGUCGUUGUGGCAAAAGGUCAGGGAGUAUCGAAUUUCGAAGUAGGAGACAAGGUUGGAUACCUAUCGGGCGCCACGUUUGCUCAAUACACCAAGUACCCUGCGAUUGGUAAGAUUGUCAAAUUGCCAAGCAACUCUAGUGACGAAAAAAUGAAACUAUACACUGCUGCUCUUCUACAAGGUUUGACAGCUCUAACCUUCAUUCACGAUGCUUACGAGGUCAAAAAAGACGACUACAUUCUGUUUUACGCGGCCGCAGGCGGUGUGGGGUUGAUCAUGACUCAACUAUUGAAGCGAAAGGGUGCGCAUACCAUUGCAGUUGUGUCGAACGAUGACAAGAAGAAAUUAGUGGAAGAAUUUGGUGCUGAGUAUGUGAUUAACUCCUCUGAGGGAGAUAUCUUAGACAAGGUGCUGCAGAUUACCGGCGGCCAGGGAGUGGAUGCUGUGUUUGACUCUGUGGGCAAGGAUACUUUUGAGACGAGUUUGAAUGCAUUGAAGAUCAAAGGUUCAUUUGUUUCGUUCGGGAAUGCUUCAGGCCCCGUAACACCAUUUCCGCUGUCAAAGCUAUCUGCGAAAAAUAUCAAACUUUUGAGACCUCAGCUUUAUGGGUAUAUCACUGAGCCUGCUGACUGGAAACGCUAUACUGAGGAGCUUCUUGAUCUCCUAGAAAGUGGAGAGUUAAGAAUUCUGAUCAACAAAACAUACCCGCUGGAAGCAUAUCAACAAGCUGCGAGGGAUUUGGAGAGCAGAAAGACUACCGGGAAAUUAGUGCUAGAAAUUCCACAAUAA